AUGACGUUAUUCGGUUCAAUGGUGCAGAUACGCCCUACGGUGUCGAGGCCGAACGGCCGUUGGAUCGCACAGCACUUGCACACCCGCCAGGCUGUCGUCGUCAAGCGUAUCACGGUACCGACUAGAAAUCUCGACGAAGUUGCGUCUAAUAUCAGGAUAUGCGAUGAGCUCCUCCACCGGAAUAUUGUGUCUCUGUUCGACUGCUAUAUGCAUCCCGAGAAUCUCCAGGGCUCCGAGAGACAAAUAAGCAUUGUGACGUCUCUCGCUCCUCAUGGAAACCUACACGACUUCAUCAGGAUAGGAAAUGGGAAGCUCGGCGAAUCUCUUGCUCGACCCGUCAUGGCUCAACUCAUGGACGGACUGAUGUAUAUGCAUGAUCAAGGCAUACUCCACUGCGACAUGAAGCCCGAGCAUGUCCUCGUAUACGGUUUGGGCUCAGCUGGUCCCAUAGUCAAGAUCAGUGGUCUCGGGCUCGCCGCGCGCUCCGGGAAGAAUGAAGAUAGAGAGCUCAGUCCAUCUCUUCGUCAGGCGAUGAUGAAGAGUGCCGCAUGGGCUGCACCUGAAUCACUGAACUAUGAGCAUACGGAGCUCAGCGAUGCCUUCAGCUUAGGAGCCAUCAUGUUUUUCAUGUGA